AUUGGUGAAAUAUGGAAAGGAAUUCUCGAAGGUGCGUAUGAAGCGAUGUCACCAAGAUGGCGAGAGUAUAUGAAUAUUUCCGCGGAACAAAUGCAUGAACUUGUUGAUGCGGUGUUAAAAGAACAUGAUGAACGUGGUGUUCAUACGAAUUGGCGUUUGUUUAUUGGACAACGCAAGUUUAAUAAUGAUAUAACAAAUGAAGUUGUAUAA